UAUAUUGUCAAAGACGAUCUUAUAUUCUACUUCAAAGAAUACUCACUUCACACUCACCGGUCGCUUCCCACUCCGUCUUAUCCCUUCACGAAGAACGCGCGCAGAGGAGAAGCUGGAUUGAGGAGGGAGCUAGUGAAGCAGAGCAGACCCUGACAUUGGCCGCAAAUCUCAAGCCACUGUAGCCCUCCCUCUCAAAAUGCCGCUUUCCCCUCUCUUAUCCAUCAUUCUCAGUAGUCUGCUGCUGAAAUCCGUAAUUGCCGGAGAUGGCUUCUGCUCGGCGCCUUCUGUUAUCGCCGCCGGUUCCAACUCCCGACCUCUCUAUUCCAAAGUCACGGAUCCCACUCUUUCUCCUUCUCAUCUCGAGGACUUGCCAGGCUUCACCCGCAGUGUGUACGCAAGAGAUCAUGCUUUAAUUACACCUGAAAGUCAUGUAUUCAGUCCUUUACCUGACUGGAUCAAUACACUGGGGGCGUAUUUAAUCACACCAGCAAUGGGCUCCCACUUUGCAAUGUAUCUGGUGAAGAUGCAAGAGAAUUCGAUAUCUGGGCUUCCUCCACAUGAUGUUGAGAGGUUUGUAUUCGUGGUUCAGGGUACUGUGACAUUCACUAAUGCAACCGGCAUUAGCGGCAAGCUGGUGGUGGAUUCAUAUGCUUAUCUGCCUCCUAAUUCCGAACAUUCCUUCAAGUGUGAUGCAUCUGCUACUCUCGCCAUAAUAGAAAGAAGGUAUGCAUAUGUGGGAAGUCAUAUUACUGAGCAGAUUGUUGGUUCAACAGACAAACAGCCACUUCUUGAAACUCCAGGCGAGGUUUUUGAACUCAGGAAGCUUCUUCCCACAUCCACGCCGUAUGACUUCAACAUCCAUAUUAUGGAUUUUCAGCCUGGAGAGUUUCUUAAUGUGAAGGAGGUUCACUACAAUCAGCAUGGUCUGUUGCUCUUAGAGGGACAGGGCAUCUACCGCUUGGGAAAGAACUGGUAUCCAGUUCAAGCAGGUGAUGUCAUUUGGAUGGCCCCAUUUGUGCCUCAGUGGUAUGCUGCGCUUGGUAAAACACGGUCACGAUAUUUACUGUACAAAGAUGUAAAUAGGAAUCCACUGUAAUCCUGUGUGACAUUAAAUGGGAUUCAAUAAUUUGAUUCUGACCAGUGGAGUCGCAAUGCAGCAAAAUGCCAGAUUCUGAAGCCUGUAAAUUAUUCAUUGAAUGGGUUAUGGUCGUUCAAGUGUACUGUAUGUAUUCAUUACAUCUGGUUACAUAAUGCAUGCCAAAUAUUUGGUAUUCCAAUACAACCUACUGUUUUGGUGUUUA